GACUUCCUUCACGGCAUGGCCCCCAAACGCCAGUCUUCGCUCCCACCCCAAACGAAGAAGCCGAGACCGCCUGCUGCCCCCAAGCCAGAGGAGACGUCCACUUCUCAGCACUUGCCGAAGGGAGAAAAAGAACAGCAAGAAGCAAUUGAACAUAUUGAUGAAGUACAAAAUGAAAUAGACAGACUUAAUGAACAAGCCAGUGAGGAGAUUUUGAAAGUAGAACAGAAAUAUAACAAACUCCGCCAACCAUUUUUUCAGAAGAGGUCGGAAUUGAUCGCCAAAAUCCCAAAUUUUUGGGUAACAACAUUUGUCAACCAUCCACAAGUGUCUGCACUGCUUGGGGAGGAGGAUGAAGAGGCUCUGCAUUAUUUGACAAGAGUUGAAGUGACAGAAUUUGAAGAUAUUAAAUCAGGUUACAGAAUAGAUUUUUAUUUUGAUGAAAACCCUUACUUCGAAAAUAAAGUUCUCUCCAAAGAAUUUCAUCUGAAUGAGAGUGGUGAUCCAUCUUCAAAGUCCACUGAAAUCAAAUGGAAAUCUGGAAAGGAUUUGACGAAACGUUCAAGUCAAACGCAGAAUAAAGCCAGCAGGAAGAGACAGCAUGAGGAACCAGAGAGCUUUUUCACCUGGUUUACUGACCAUUCUGAUGCGGGUGCAGAUGAGUUAGGAGAGGUCAUCAAAGACGAUAUUUGGCCCAAUCCUUUACAGUACUACUUGGUUCCUGAUAUGGAUGAUGAAGAAGGGGAAGGAGAAGAAGAUGAUGAUGAUGAUGAAGAAGAAGAAGGAUUGGAAGAUAUUGAUGAAGAAGGAGAUGAGGAUGAAGGUGAAGAAGAUGAAGAUGAUGAUGAGGGGGAGGAAGGAGAGGAGGAUGAAGGAGAAGACGACUGAUGGAUUCCAACCUUCCUUUUUUAAUUUUCUCCAGUCCCUGGGAGCAACUUGCAGUCUUUUUUUUUUUUUUUUCCCCCUCCUCUUGUGCUCAUUCGCCCUGUUUUUUGAAGUCUCUUUUCUCUCCCUUUAUACCAUGGUUCUCAACUUAUUUUGGGGGGGAAAUACCUUGAGCAGAAUACAGUGGGAAAAGAAUCUCUACCCCUUUCUGUUCCAAAUUCAUUUUUAUCCCUUCCUGUCUCAACAAAAACUUUAUGGAAUCAACACCACCGUGCUCUGUGGGAAAAAAGAAAAACCUUCUGCUCCCUUAGCUCUGCUGGAAGCUGGAGGGUGCUAGGCCCCUGUGUAGUAGUGCAUAGAAUUCUAGCUUUUUUCCUCCUUUCUCUGUAUAUUGGGCUCAGAGAUUACACUGUGUCUCUAUGUGAAUAUGGACAGUUAGCAUUUACCAACAUGUAUCUGUCUACUUUCUCUUGUUUAAAAAAAAGAAAAAAAAACUUUAAAAAAUGGGGUUAUAGAAGGUCAGCAAAGGGUGGGUUUGAGAUGUUUGGGUGGGUUAAGUGGGCAUUUUGACAACAUGGCUUCUCCUUUGGCAUGUUUAAUUGUGAUGUUUAACGGACAUCCUGGCAGUUGAAGAUGACACUUUUAAAAUAAAAUUCUCUCCUAAUGAUGAUUUGAGCCCUGCCACUUGAUGGGAGAAUCAGCAGAACCUGUAGGAUCUUAUCUGGAAUUGACAUUCUCUUGUAAUUUUGUUCCUGUUUAUUUUUAAAUUUUCUUUUUGUUUCACUGGAAAGGAAAGAUGCUCAGUUUUAAACGUUAAAAGUGUACAAGUUGCUUUGUUACAAUAAAACUAAAUGUGUACACAAAAAA